ACUGAACUCGAAUUGAUGGUGGCGAACGGAUUUCAUCACAGGCCACAGGUUUACAGCCAGGGUUUAGACAGUAAUGAUGACAGUGAAGAUGUUGCACUGUUUGAUGCAGAAGAGGAAACAGCUAAUCGACCCAAAAAAUCCAAAAUCAGACAUCCAGUGGCAUCAUUUUUCCAUUUAUUCUUUCGAGUCAGUGCAAUUGUAGUCUAUCUUCUCUGUGAAUUGUUCAGCAGCAGCUUUAUUGCCUGUAUGGUGACAAUUAUCUUGUUGUUGUCAUGUGACUUUUGGGCAGUCAAGAAUGUCACAGGUAGACUAAUGGUUGGCCUGCGCUGGUGGAAUCAUAUUGAUGAAGAUGGAAAAAGCCAUUGGGUGUUUGAGUCCAGGAAGGCAUCCCCUCAAGAUAAUAAAACUGUUUCAGAGGCUGAAUCAAGAAUCUUUUGGUUAGGACUUAUUGCCUGUCCAGUGCUUUGGGUGAUAUUUGCCUUCAGCGCUCUCUUCUCCUUCAGGCUGAAGUGGUUGGCGGUGGUUACCAUGGGUGUGGUGCUGCAAGGUGCCAACCUGUAUGGCUACAUCAGGUGCAAAGUGGGCAGCAGAAAGAACUUGACCAGCAUGGCCACGUCUUAUCUGGGAAAGCAGUUUUUAAGACAAAACACUGGAGAUGAUCAGGCUUCCUGAAGAGGGAGAGAAGCCCAUGUGUGCUGUUACACUGGGGAACAGCUGAAGAGAUUCUUGACCGAACCUUUUAGAGCUCACAGUACAUGCUGCAGAGAGGAGUGUUGUGUUUGUUUUUCCACUUAAAAUUUACUUUAAAAAAAAGGAAAAGUAGUUUUCAAAUUAAGUUUUUAUUUUGUUUCUAGCAUUUGGGUCUUGAAAAUAUGGUGUUGCUAGAAACACUGUCAGAAUGUGGUUCGUGGUGUACAUAUAUGUAUGCACGGUCGUGUAAUAUCCUUGUAUCACAGCUUGAUGAAGAUGUUUAUGUUCGUGUACACAUGUAAUAAAGACCUUUGCAUUCUGGUCCAUAGAACGUAGAAGGAUGUUCUUAAUCUCAUCUCCAAAUCUAUGUGUUUAUAUAUUUCUGUAGAUUAUUUUCAGAAGAAAGUUUUGCUUCCAUGGUAAGAGUGAGCACUUUGGCUUAUGUAUGUUAGAAAUAAUUGUUAAUUUUAUGACUUAAUAUAUACUUAAUGAUGAAACUUCUUAUCGUAGGCAUUCACAGGUAGAUAAAAACCAAAUCUGGCUCAGUGGCAUGAGCUAGUUCCUAAAAUUUUGUUUAUUUUUAUUGUAACAAGUCAUGUAUUUUAGGUCCAAUUAAUAUAAAUGAAUUUUUGUAGUUUAUGUGUAAGGGAUACUUAUCGAUUGCUGCUGUUCUGUUUAUUUUUUGGAAAGGAUAGCUGGAGUUUACUUUGGAACCUCCUGAAGAGCUUCAGUGCUCCUUGGCCUAAUGAAAUCUUUUACCACGAAAAGAGUAUUAUUCUUAUGUCAUAGUAAGAAUAAUCAUUUAAGUACUUGGCAUAAUAAAUGCCUAAAAGACAUUUUAUUUUAUGAAUCUAUUUUUUUCUUGCUAUAGUGGGGAUAUUGUAAAUCAUGCAUUUGUGUUAAUGGUAUUUCUUAAAAAGCAAUAUGUAUAGCAGUCUAAAGACUGUUAUAGACAUCUGUAAAUUCUCUUGUAGGUAUACUGUAGACUUGGUGGAGUCUUAAUCAACAGAUUAUUUUGUCAAUUAUUUAUACAUUGUUAAAACUUUUUAAAAGCUGUUUUGUUUAAUUGAAUAAGUGUCUUUAUUGGAGUGAUAGCUUUGAAGGUGCAUAACUUUAUAUUUGUAUAAAACUCUACUGUUUACAAAGCA